CCAUCGAAUUAGAAGGAGAGAGAGAGAGAGAGGAAGGAAGAAGUCGCAGCACACCUCCCUCCGUGGACGCUUUCAAUCAAAUCCUCCUCUUUGCAGGGAAGCUAGGUAUCUCUGCGCCGAUAUUUCAAAUUAUAUUCCUCGAACCAAUUUGAUCCUUGAUCCCUGAGGUUGUGUCGAAAAGGAUGUGGGCGGCUACAUGUUUAGCCUCGUGCUGCGCGUCAUGCGCUUGCCAUGCGUGCACUUCAGCUGUCUCAGGGAUCAGCCGCCGCUCGGCACGUAUUGCUUACUGCGGACUGUUCGCUCUUUCCCUGACUGUCGCCUGGAUUCUUCGAGAGGUUGCUGCUCCCCUCAUGGAGAAGAUUCCCUGGAUCAACCAUUUUCACCAGACACCAAAUAGGGAGUGGUUUGAAACCGAUGCAGUUCUACGAGUCAGUUUGGGGAACUUCCUUUUCUUCACAAUCCUCGCUAUUUUCAUGAUUGGUGUGAAGAACCAGAAGGAUCCUCGUGAUAGUGUCCACCAUGGUGGUUGGAUGAUGAAAAUUAUUUGUUGGUGUAUUCUGGUGAUAUUGAUGUUCUUUGUUCCUAAUGGUGUCAUCAGCUUCUAUGAGGCAAUAUCAAAAUUUGGCUCAGGGUUGUUCCUUCUUGUUCAAGUUGUUCUUCUGCUGGAUUUUGUUCAUGGAUGGAAUGACAAAUGGGUUGGAUAUGAUGAGCAGUUUUGGUACAUGGCUUUGCUUGUUGUUUCCCUUGUUUGCUAUGUGGCAACCUUUUCCUUUUCUGGACUUCUCUUCUAUCUCUUCACUCCUUCAGGACAUGAUUGUGGGCUGAACACAUUCUUCAUUGUUAUGGCAUUGAUCUUUGUGUUCGCCUUUGCUGUUGUCACAUUGCAUCCAUCAGUAAGCGGAAGCAUUCUGCCUGCCUCAGUUCUCUCAAUGUAUUGUAUGUACCUCACCUACAGUGGGCUUGCCAGUGAACCUAGGGAUUAUGAGUGUAAUGGUCUUCACAAGCAUUCUAGAGCAGUCUCAUCGGGUAGUCUUGCUCUUGGACUGCUUACAACAGUGCUUUCUGUUGUCUACUCUGCUGUCCGUGCUGGAUCUUCAACAACAUUACUUUCCCCCCCAAGCUCACCCCGAGCAGGUUCCGAAAAGCCGUUGCUACCAUUGGACAAGGCAGACGAGCAGCGUGAGGAGGAAGAGAAGCCAAAAUCAGUGACAUAUUCAUAUUCGUUUUUCCACUUAAUCUUCUCUCUAGCCAGCAUGUACUCUGCCAUGCUUCUUACGGGUUGGUCAACCUCGGUGGGUGAGAGUGGGAGAUUGGUUGACGUGGGGUGGCCAUCCGUGUGGGUUCGCAUUGUCACCUGUUGGGCUACUGCUGCUUUGUUCGUCUGGUCUCUCGUUGCGCCUAUCCUUUUCCCAGACAGGGAAUUCUGAUUCAUACGUAUGUAUAUAUAAUCAACUUUUGAAGACAUAAAUGUCGAAUGUUUGGUGUUGUUUUGGAACAUUUCGGCCGAAAGGGUGUAAUGUCAUAACUGUGUGUGCGCUUUGAAAUAAAUGUGCAAAACUGGGGUGGGUUUGGUCUGUUUGCUGAAA